AUUGCAUCGUUUAUAAGGAGGCUUUAGGCCACGAUGCUGUCGCUCAGUUGAGAUACGGGACAGAAGCUCCUGACGGACUGAACCACUGCGAGGAACUGAAACCAUGUCAGUGACUGUAAAAACAACACAGCCCCGGCCCUACAUCACAACCUCCACAUCGAAUGAGUGGAGUUCUGGCAUCUGCGACUGCUUCGAUGACCUCCGGAGCUGCUGCUUUGCUUUCUGGUGUUUUCCGUGCUUCGCCUGCAUAACGUCCAAAAAGGCUGGAGAGUGUCUGUGCUUACCUCUGCUGGACGGUUUUGGCUGCAUCCCGCCCAUCACCACCGCCAUGAGGGUGUCCAUCCGCAAGCAAUACGGCAUUGAGGGAACAAUCUGCAGAGACUGCGUGUUCUCCUUCUUCUGCGGGCCCUGCAGCUGGUGUCAGAUAUCGAGAGAGAUGAAAAUACGGAAAGCGCCGAUGAUCUUUGCCGCCUGAAGAGGACCGCUUCUCUCCCCCAUGAUCGCCAAUAACCCCGCCGUCACAGCCGUCACCAGCCCCAUCCAUCAUCAGCUUUAUCACCGGGCUAUUGGCCUCUCCAGAGCGUCAAACCCGCCUGCACAGGAGGAAUGUGAUGGAGCAACAUCAGGGUCAAAAUGGAAGCCACUCAGCAAGAUAAAAAGCAAAGGAAUGAAAAACAGGUUUUAAUGAAAGUUUGUCAGAGAUGUCUAGUAAAAAGUUCAUAAACUUUGUUGUGUUACAUAACUAUGGAUUUAUAUUAGGGAUGACUAUCUUUGACAUAUUGAGGUUGCUAGGUACUUGGCAGGGCUAAGUAUUGACUAAUCAAUGAAAGUCUUUGUGUCUAA